AUGAAGAACGGAACUGCAAAGAUCAAACUCAAGGAAAAAAACUACGGCAGAAACGAACUCAUCUCGCUCUACAUCAAGAACAAAACCGGCGAGCAACGGUCCAAGAAACAGAUCUCUUCCCACAUCCAGGUCUGGAAGAAGUCCAUUGCCAAUAAAAUGUUCAACGACAUCCAAACGUCCAAAUUCGAGAGCGAACUGCUCAACCUUAUUGAAAACGGUGCAGAACAGACCCCAGAGAACUGGCACUUGUUCGAAACAACGUUCAAUGCCAUCAUUGAACAGGAAGAAAACUACAACGCAGCAGCAGCAGCAGCUGCUGCUGCUGCUGCAACUGGUGGCGGCUCUACUGCAACUGGUGGCGGUGCGGUGGGCGAUAACAGUAUGACUUCAACGUCAUCUUCUUCCGCCGGGGGCACGGCUGGCGCCGCUGGCUCCCACGCCUACCACACUUACCACCAUCCACACCCACACCACCAACAGUAUUCCACUUCUGCCUCCUCAAUGUACCACCAUCUUCCAUACCAUGUGUACGCACAAACCCCAUCAUCAGGCGUUCCAAUCCUCCCAUACCAUAUCCCAAUGAUGAAGGAACCAGCUACCCCAAUAGAGUUCGCCCAAGAACUCUACGGCAGCCUCAAGUCCUUCAAGUGCGUCCCAGUGAACCCUUAUGAACACUACAACCCAUACACAUAUUCAUCACAGCAACAACAGCAACAACAGCCUGGCGUCUCACGUACUCCUCUAUCAGCCACUACUUCGGCCUCAGCCACUACUUCAGCCUCGGGACCACACAGGAUCCCAAUCCUCAACACCCCACCUCCACAUCCAUUGCCUGGCAACUCUUCGUCAGCGCAAUCCCUCUACCAAGUAGCAAAAGAGGUCGAAAAUCAGCAGAAGAAACUGAUAGAUGAGAUGUACAACAAACAGAACCACAACCAAAACCAAACCAACCGCCACACAACUAAACCCUCAUCGUCCUCUUCUUCUUCCUCUUCUUCAUCUUCAUCCUCAUCCUCUGUUCAUCACCAGUUUUCAAACCUUAAUGUAAACUACAGACACCAACAGUUCAACGAUCAAUACAGGAGACACCCAGUCCUACCACCGGCCUCCCAACUCAGAUCAACUGACUCAAACCUUAACUCACUUUCAACUUUAAAUUCGGCCGUUUAA